AUGGCAGAACAAGAAGUGGAAAAUGAACUUUUGGACUAUGAUAAAGAUGAUGAGCCCCAAGCACCCAAGGAGAGUACUCCAGCUCCCCCAAAGAAAGACGUCAAAGGAUCUUUUGUCUCCAUUCACAGUUCUGGUUUCCGGGACUCUCUGCUGAAGCCAAAACUCCUGAGAGUCAUAGUUGACUGUGGCUUUGAGCAUCCUUCAGAGGUCCAGCAUGAGUGUAUUCCCCGGGCCAUUAUGGGUAUGAAUGUCCUGUGCCAGGCCAAGUCUGGGAUGUGUAAGACAGCUGUGUUUGUGCUGGCCAUCCUGCAGCAGAUCAAGCCCAUCAAUGGCCGGGUAUCAGUACUAGUCAUGUGCCACACAAGGGAGCUGGCCUUCCAGAUCAGCAAGGAGUAUGAGCACUUCUUUAAGUACAUGACCAGUAUCAAGGUAUCUGUGUUCUUUGGGGACCUUUCCAUUAAGAAGGAUGAAGAUGUGUUGAAGAACUGUUCUCAUGUUGUAACAGGGACACCAGGCCAGAUCCUGGCACUUGUAUGGAACAAGAGCCUCAACCUAAGGAAUGUAAAGCACCUUGUGCUAGAUGAGUGUGACAAGAUGCUGGAACAGCUGGACAUGUGCCAGGAGGUGCAAGAGAUCUUUCGCCUGACACCCCAUAAAAAGCAGCACAUGCUAUUCAGUGCCACCCUGAGCAAGGAGAUCCGACCAGUCUGCAGGAAGUUCAUGCAGGAUGCAAUGGAGGUGUUUGUGGAUGAUGAGACCAACCUCACACUGCACUGUCUACAGCAGUACUAUGUCAAGCUCAAGGACAAUGAGAAGAACCAGAAGCUCUUUGACCUCGUUGACAUCCCAGAGACUAACCAGGUAGUGAUCUUUGUCAAGUCUGUGCAAUGCUGCAGUGCCCUGGCCCAGCUCCUAGUGAAACAGAACCUCUCAGCCGUUGCCAUUCAUCGAGACAUGCCCCAGGAGGAGUGUCUGUCCUGCUACCAGCAGUUCAAGGACUUCCAGUGGUGCAUCCUGUUAGCUACCAAUCUGUUUGGUAGAGGUAUGGACAUGGAGUGAGUCAACAUCGUCUUCAACUAUGACAUGCCAGAGGACUCAGAUAUCUACCUUCAUGGAGUGGCUUGUGCUGGUCACUUUGGUACUAAAGGCCUGGCAGUCACUUUUGUAUCUGAUGAGAAUGAUGCCAAAAUCUUCAAUGAUGUUCAGGACUGGUUUGAAGUGAAUGUGGCAAAGCUUUCAGAAGGAAUAGAUAUCUCUACAUACAUUGAACAGAGCUGA